AUGGAGAGCGACUCAGACGCCGAGAGCCCGCAAGGCUGGCGGGAGAGGAGGAACUCGACCCUGACGUAUAUCUCGCUCCUCCAGCUGGAUCCUGCACCCAUGGAGGACUCAGACCCGGACACACCGACGGAGGAGAAGAGGCCCAUCGAUCCCUUGGCUGCAGAUGCCGCCUUGGAGGGCGGUGCGGGCAGUAUCAAGACUGGCUCGACCAUGGCGCCGGGGUUGAGUGGCAGUGGCCGAGGCGCCAUCUAUUACCUCACCCGGUUGCAAAAGUAUUCCAGCUAUGCCAUGUCCGUCUUCACGACCAUGCACCUGGCCAAUGUAUCCCUGAUUCCCGCAGUUACACGAAGCGUGGCUGGCUCGGAGACUUACCUGCUUAUGGCCCGGGAGCUCUACCAGACCGCCAUCACGGAGCCGCUGCUGGUUGGCCUGCCGGUCCUGACGCACAUCGGCUCGGGCAUCGCACUGCGCCUGCUGAGAAGGUCCGAGAACAUUAGGAGGUACGGCGGAUCGACUCCCGGCAUGUACGCCAUGCUGCGUUCCCGGACAGACGCAUCCGGCGCCUCUUCUCGCUCUUCGGUCCAGCUCUGGCCGCCGCUAAGCUGGAUCUCUUGGUCCGGCUACGUCUUCACGGCCUUUUGGGGCGCCCACGUCUGCAUAAACAGAGUGCUGCCGCUGGUGGUCGAGGGCGACAGCUCCAACAUUGGCCUGGCCUACGUCUCCCACGGCUUCGCGAGACAUCCUCUGGUCGCCUCCUUUGCCUACAGGGGCUUGAUUGGGGUGGGAUGCGGCCAUAUGGUCUGGGGACUCGCCAAGUGGUUUGGCAUUGCCCCGUCGACAAAGGGCUGGUGGGGGAGCGAGGCGGUCACGGUGGAUAGGAAGACCAAACGGCAGCGCAGGCGACGGUGGUUGGCCAUCCAGGCCGCAGUAGUGGCAGCAGCCGCAUUGUGGGCGGUCGGAGGUCUGGGGGUUGUCGCGCGAGCAGGGCCAUCGGAUGGAUGGGUUGGGAAGUUGUACGAUGAUCUGUUUGCACGAGUUCAGUUGUUGUGA